CGCCAUGGAGACGGGGCUGUCGCUGCUCCUGCUCCCGCUGCUCCUGCUCCCGCUGCCCCCGCUGCUCCUGCCGCUGCCCCGCGCCGCCGCUGAGCAGGUUGUCCUGCUGGACUCAAAGGAAUCUCAGGCAGAGCUGGGCUGGACCUCGCACCCGUCGAACGGGUGGGAAGAGAUCAGUGGUGUGGACGAGAACUACAAGCCGAUACGCACAUACCAGGUGUGCAAUGUCAUGGAACCGAACCAGAACAAUUGGCUGCAGACAGGCUGGAUCGCCAGGCGCGAUGGCCAGAGGAUCUUCAUCGAGCUGAAGUUCACCCUGCGAGACUGCAACAGCAUCCCUGGCGUGAUGAGCACCUGCAAGGAGACUUUCAACUUGUACUAUGUCGAGUCUGACUCUGACCUGGGCCAGAGCGUCCAUGAGAGCAAGCACACCAAGAUCGACACCAUCGCUGCUGAUGAGAGCUUCACGCAGGGGGACCUGGGCGAGCGCAAGAUGAAGCUGAACACUGAAUUGAGGGAGAUAGGGCACCUGAGCAAGAGAGGCUUCCACCUGGGCUUCCAGGAUGUGGGCGCCUGUGUGGCGCUGGUCUCCGUGCGGGUCUAUUACAAGAAAUGCCUCACUACCGUGCAGAACUUGGCUGUGUUCCCAGACACAGUGGCAGAGACGGCCUUUGCAACGUUGGUGGAAGUUAAGGGCACUUGUGUCGCUCAUGCUGAAGUGGACGUGGAUAAUCCCCCCCGGAUGCACUGCAGCACUGAGGGCGAGUGGCUGGUCCCCAUAGGGAAAUGCACAUGCAGCCCUGGCUUUGAGGAGAAGGACGGGGGAUGCAGAGCUUGCCUUCCAGGAUUUUACAAGGUCUCCCUCCAUCUCCCUCUCUGCUCUCCAUGCCCUGAGCACAGCUUCACGCAUGAGGAAGCCUCCACGUUCUGUUCGUGCCAAAAGAACUACUCUAGGUCUCCAUCAGACCCACCAUCUGCAUCCUGCACACGCCCACCCUCUGCCCCGAGGAACCUGGUGUACAGCCUGCGGCAGUCGUCACUGGUGCUGGAGUGGAGUGCCCCAGCCGAUGCUGGCGGCCGCAGCGACCUGACCUACAGCCUGUGGUGCGGACGGUGCCCGGCGGUGCUGCAGGGCCGCUGUGAGCAAUGUGGCAGCAGCGUGGGCUUCGUGCCGCAGCAGACGGGGCUGGUGGACCGCACCGUCACCCUGGUGAACCUGCUGCCUCACGUCAACUACACCAUCCGCGUGGCGGCUGUCAACGGCGUCUCGGGCGUCAGCCCUGUCACGGGGCAGCCCUACGCUGAGGUCAACGUCUCCACCGGCCACGCAGCACCAACUCCUGUCACUGACAUCCGCACAGAUAAAGUAGAGCAGAAGAGCGUCUCCUUGUCAUGGCAGGAGCCAGGCUUCCUGACCGCCAACGGCACCGAGUAUGAGGUCAAGUACUAUGAGAAGGAUCAGAGAGAUCAAAGUUACUCAACUGUGAAAACCACAUCAACGGCCGUGACGGUCAAUAACCUGAAGCCUGGUACCCUCUAUAUCUUCCAAAUCCGAACAUCUUCCUCUCCAGAUUAUGGGAGCUACAACCCUGGCAUUGAAGUGGAGACGCUGGCAGAGUUGACAGUGGCCUCCAGUGAGCAGAACCCCGUCCUCAUCAUAGUAGUGGUGGCCAUUGCAGGACUGACAGUGCUGGUAUCCACAGUGAUCGGUGUGAUGGUCUGGAGGAGGCAGUGUGGGUACAGCAAAGCCAGCCAGGAUGGGGACGAGGAGCUGUACUUCCACUUUAAAAUACCAACCAGGAGGACGUACAUUGACCCUGACACCUGUGAAGACCCCAUGCAGGCUGUGCACCUCUUUGCCAAGGAGCUGGAUAAUGCCAGCAUAAAAAUUGAGAGAAUCAUCCGGACAGGAGAGUUCGGGGAGAUGUGCCGGGGGUGCCUGAAGCUGCCCAGCAAGAGAGAGCUGCCUGUGGCCAUCCAGACGCUACGGGCAGGCUGCUCAGAGAAGCAGCAGCGCUCCUUCCUGGCCGAGGCAUGCACCAUGGGCCAGUUUGACCACUCCAACGUCAUCCGCCUGGAGGGGGUCAUCACCAGAGGGAGCACCAUGAUGAUAGUGAUGGAGUACAUGGGGAACGGCCUGCUGGACUCCUUUCUCAGGAAACAUGAGGGGCAGUUCACGGGCUCGCAGCUCAUCUGCAUGCUGCAGGGCAUUGCCUCUGGCAUGGCGUACCUGGCAGAGAUGGGCUACGUGCACAAAAGCCUGGCUGCGCACAAGGUCCUUGUGAGCAGCAGCCUGGUGUGCAAGAUCACUGGGUUCAGAAGGCCACAGGAAGAUAAGAUGGAAACCAUCUUCUCCACCAUGUGUGGGAAGAGCCUGGUGCUGUGGUCAGCCCCCGAGGCCGUCCAGUAUCACCACUUCAGCCCGGCCAGCGACGUGUGGAGCUUCGGCAUCGUCAUGUGGGAAGUGAUGUCCUAUGGCGAGAGACCCUACUGGGACAUGUCCCACCAGGACGUGAUGAAGGCUGUGGAGGAUGGGUUCCGCCUGCCUGCCCCAGUGAACUGCCAGCCACCCCUCCACCAGCUGAUGCUCGAAUGCUGGCAGAAGGACCGCAGCCAGAGGCCCAAGUUCUCCCACAUCCACAAUGUCCUCAGCAAGUUGCUGCAGAGUCUGGAGACCCCGAAGUGCCCCAGCUCCACGUGCCCCAGGUCCCAUGGCACAUCCAUCCCUUUCUCCGAGCGAACCUUCUCAGGCUUCCCAUCUUUCAGCUCUGUAGGCGAGUGGCUGGAAACGAUAGAAAUGGGCAGGUACAAAGACAACUUCACUGCUGCGGGCUACUGCUACCUGGAGUCUGUGGCCAGGAUGACAGCCCAAGAUGUCCUCAGCCUGGGGAUCACGGUGGUGGAGCACCAGAAGACCAUCCUGAGUGGGAUCCAGACCCUCCGGGCCCAGGUGAUCCAGAUGCACGGCCAAGGAGUGCAGGUGUGAAGCAGUGCCCUGCAAAGCUGCAGAGCACCAGCCUGGCACUCCUGGGGAGGAGUGGCCCACUGGCCCCAACUGGCCCUGUCUGUGAAACCUGGUGGUCUCAGGUGGGCUGUGGGAAUAUCUGGGUGCUGCCAAAUACGUCAUUCCAUGUAGCAAGAGAGCAGGGCUUCCGUCCCCUGAGCCGGGGCAACCCAGGAUUCCUGGGAUAGUACGCUGUGCUUGGGUGGACAUGGCUCUCCCCGGCACUGCUUUGUAAGGUGAAUCAAACCAUAUUGAUGCCGUUUUAGGUAGUAAUUGAGUUCACAGAGUGGGAUGGACUUUUGUGCACUGUCUUAAUCCAGAGCUGAUGUUUCUGUAUCUAGCAUUCUGCUAGUGAAUCCAUGGAUACUUUUAUACAACCUGACAGAUCCCAGCAACCCCAUAAGGAGCUUUUAUUGCUUUUACUUCUAGAGAGCAGAGCACAGCUCUCACCCAGCUCCCAACUCCUGGGAGGUGACUUUCCCCAUCUGUGCUGAAGGGAAGUCUUUCCCAGCCACAUCCCUUCUCUGAGAGUUACUUCACUGAGUGUUUGACACCUCAGUUGGUGUCUCCGGUAAAGAGUAGAGCAAAUGGUGCUGCAUCCAAACAAUCCAGGGCACAUCAGGCAGUCCAGGGCACAUCCACAUUUUGUUUUGUGAGCACAGUGCCGUCUGCCUGCCUGGCACACUGGCAGCUCCCACGGCUGCAGCCUGAUCCCUGACAAAGACAUAAAUAGCAUCUCCUUAAUAAUACAAUUUCCUUGAAGUGAGCUCAUUAAAUGUGUCUUUGCAGCCCUGUACAGAGUUCUGUAGGGGUUUUAUUAUCAUCUGUAAGUAUUGCAAGGGAAAUAUUAAUGCUAAAAGGCAAAGAUUUACAAAGGGGGUGAAGACUGUAGGAGAUGCUCUUAGUGUGGCUAGAAAUCUGCUCCAGUCAGACCUUCCGGUUAGCCUGCUCCCAGAGGAUGGGGAUCCAAAUCAGGAUUGAGUGCAGGGCUCUGAGGCAGCCCCUUGGGGCCAGCAUGGUGAUUCCUCUGCCCGUACACGCUGUGAGCAAAACAAGCUCUCUCCUUCCCACCUCCUCUGUAGUUCCAACAACACUCCCCAAUGUCUCCUGGUUAGUGUUUUUAGCAGGAGUAAAUUAAGUCUGGCCCAUGUCCAGUCAGGUUGGUCACUUGCCAUCCCACUGUUUCCUACCCUGAAGAGCUCUGCAUUUGGUGAAAUGCCCAAUCCCAAGGAUCAAGUGCAAUUUGUGUGUUCUUCAUGUUUACAUUUUAUCUGUAGAGAAAGUAUAUUACAGGUCUCUAGGCAAGGGGUUGAACCAGCUUUAUUCCAGAUCCUUUCCCCCUCUCCCUGCUCAUCCUGUCAGUUGGGAUACAGGAGCUACACUGGGAAGUCACUGUUGGAGGAGCUGGCUCCAGGCUGGUGCAGCUGCUUUCAAGGAAGCUUGGAGACAUGCAGGACUUGGUGAUGAGGUGAUAGUGCCUCAGUCUGGGAAACACACCUGGCCAUGAGCAGGCAGUGAUGUGUGCCCUCAAACCCUCCAGGACAGAAGCUGUCUGCAGAGUUAGGAAUGCGAGGAGGGGACAGCUGUGGAUGCCACCCAUGGCUGCGCUCAGAGCUGCUGGGAUCUGCUCCUCUGUCUCUAUGGAUGCUACCCAGCUGAAAAGAGAUAAACCUCAGCACAAUUAUCUGUAGUCAUGGCCUUUUCCCUGGGCUGCAGUGGCUGGUGGUUGGCUGGGGGCCAUGGGUCCUGUGGGAAACAGCCGUGCAAGCAGGGGUCCCACAGGAGAUGAGUUAUGGGAUGGGCUCUAACUUGGCAGGAACAUGGGUCAUUGGCUUUCCCAACCUCUCCUUCAAGAAAGGAAAGGAAAGCCCACAAUGGAAACGUGCUCCUAGCCCAGUUUCUUGCAACAAUAAACACUUCUAAUUGAGCUCCUCACCAACAUGGAAUAACAAAAUUAGUAGAUUAGGCUAUAGAUUGUUGUUAUGAUUUUAAAAUUAACUUGCGUCCUCUCAGACCCUCUCCUUGGGGAAGUGGUAUAAUUGAAAUAAUUAACAGUGCUGUUUUGGAGCUGCUCAACCAAGGGAAAUGCCUCAAAAUGAUUCUGGUCUCUUCCCAUCCAACCUCUGGCACAGCGCAAGGCUCCUGCCUCCUCCCCAAUACUGUGGGAGCAACUGCAACACCCCCCUCACAUGAAACCAAACAGGAAUCAAGUUGGUUCAUCUCCAGAUGCUUUUAUAUUCAUUAGCCACCUGUUAAAUACUGUAAAUACCCACUCAAGAAGUCAAUAUAUAUUUUUAUAAGCUUGAGAUAAAUGUAAUAUAAUAUCACAAGGGACACUGUGUGCAUCUCAUGUUUAGACUAUAGUCAGACAUCUCCAGGGAAUCUCAGUUGGUUUGGAAUAUUUAAUAAUAAUAAUAAUAAUAGUAAUAAUAAUAGUAAUAAAAAUCUAUUGACAUUUUUGUUAAUUUUGUAUUUAUUG